AUGGUGCUGUUACGCGAUUGGUACGUGUCGAAUGUUUGCACUUCAAAUCAGAUACUGAUUAGCGAUUUCAGACUCAACAUUUCCUACGAAGUCGAUCUGCCAUGGAUGUACUAUUGCGAUCUCAGCAAGGCCAUCUUCGCUGAUGGAAUCUUGGCCGUCUCAGCCAUUGUUCUCGAGAUGGAUCUGAUUGUUGGCGUGCCCGGGUUGCUCAAAGGCCUUAUCAUCAUUGAUUGGGUGAGCGGCUAUUUUACCGCAAAGGAU